AUCACAAAACUAAAUCCUCACUUUAAAAAAAAAAAAUCGAUAGAAAGGCAGACAAGAAAAACAAAUUUCCUUUUCUUUUUCUUUCCUCUAAAAUUUUCUUUUUGUCUGUUAGUGUUUUUCAUAAUGGGAGCCUUGGAAGCAGAAAGAGCCGCCAACGAUGCGGCGACGUUAGAGACGCAGUCGUCACCGGAAGAUCUCGGUCAACCAUCUCCGCUGCGUAAGAUCAUCUCCGUGGCUUCAAUCGCCGCCGGUGUACAGUUCGGGUGGGCCUUACAGCUCUCUCUUCUGACUCCUUACGUACAACUUCUCGGAAUCCCUCACAAAUGGUCGUCUUACAUGUGGCUUUGUGGUCCUAUCUCCGGCAUGAUUGUUCAACCAAUCGUCGGUUACCACAGUGACCGAUGCGAGUCAAGAUUCGGUCGCCGUCGUCCUUUCAUCGCCACCGGAGCCGUACUCGUAGCCGUCUCGGUUUUCCUUAUCGGAUUCGCAGCGGAUAUGGGACAUAGUUUUGGAGAUAAACUCGAGGACAAGGUAAGGACUCGAGCCAUUAUAAUCUUCCUUACCGGGUUUUGGGUCCUUGACGUGGCUAACAACACCUUACAAGGACCAUGCCGUGCUUUCUUAGCCGAUUUAGCCGCCGGAGACGCUAAAAAAACGCGAGUCGCAAACGCAUGUUUCUCUUUUUUUAUGGCGGUUGGAAACGUUUUGGGUUACGCUGCUGGAUCUUACACUAACCUUCACAAAAUGUUUCCUUUCACAAUGACAAAAGCUUGCGAUGUCUAUUGCGCGAAUCUCAAGACUUGUUUCUUCUUAUCCAUCACUCUCCUCCUUAUCCUCACCUUCUCGUCUCUAUGGUACGUUAAAGACAAACAAUGGUCUCCGCCACAUGGAGAGAAAGAGAAAACAUCAAGUCUUUUUUUCUUUGGAGAAAUCUUUGGAGCUGUCAGAGUCAUGAAACGUCCCAUGUGGAUGCUUCUAAUGGUCACGGUUAUUAAUUGGAUCGCUUGGUUUCCGUUUCUUUUGUACGAUACCGAUUGGAUGGGUCGUGAAGUGUACGGUGGCAAUUCAGAUGGAAAUGAGCAAGCCAAGAAACUUUACGACCAAGGAGUUCAGGCUGGUGCAUUGGGAUUGAUGUUUAAUUCUAUACUUCUUGGUUUCGUGUCACUUGGUGUUGAAUCCAUUGGUCGGAAAAUGGGAGGAGCUAAACGACUUUGGGGAUGUGUCAAUUUCAUACUCGCCAUAGGUUUGGCCAUGACGGUUCUUGUUACGCAAUCGGCUGAGCAACACCGGAAAACCGCCGGUGCUUUGGCCGGACCGAGCAGUGGUAUUAAAGCCGGAGUAUUUAGUCUCUUUACCGUUCUUGGUAUCCCAUUGGCCAUUACUUACAGUGUUCCAUUUGCACUAGCGUCCAUUUUCUCAACCAAUUCCGGUGCCGGCCAAGGACUUUCUCUAGGCGUUUUAAAUAUAGCAAUUUGUAUACCACAAAUGAUAGUAUCAUUCUCAAGUGGACCAUUGGACGCUCACUUCGGCGGUGGAAACCUACCUUCAUUUGUGGUCGGAGCUAUUGCGGCUGCGAUUAGUGGAGUGUUAGCGUUAACCGUUCUACCUUCACCGCCUGCGGACGCACCAGCCAUGUCAGGGGCUAUGGGAUUCCAUUAGUUUACUAGUCCUUUUUUAUGAAUUUCCAUCAAAUACAAUAGUGUUGUCUAA